AUGGCAGGACGCGGGCGUGGCCGCGGUGGAGGCGCAAUGCAUUAUAAACCACCUCGCGAAGAGGUCAAAGUUUUCGGCAACGGUCGAGUCCCGCCACCCAAUCCCCAAGUCGUCAAGCUGGAGAAUGAGAUGGUCAAGCCUACCUUGUCAUCAGCGAUGGCAGCCAGCUCCAUCAACUUUGCGCUGCCUUCCCGACCGGCCUAUGGUAUAGCUGGAAGGGCUAUCGUACUGCACGCGAACUUCUUCGAAUUAAAGGCCGUCAAGAAGGACACACAUCUGUACCGGUACUCGCUCAUAUUUUCGGACGAAGAUUUACAAAAAGCCAAGAAGAAGCGAUUGAUAGAGAUACUAUUGGACAUGCCACCUUUUUCAACCGUCAAGAUCACAAGCGACUGGAGCCAGAAGCUUGUGUCCACAGAGAAGAUAACACUCCCAGAAAAAAGCCAGACUUACACCGUCGUAUGGUAUCCCAAGGGCGGUGAACCUUUUCCUCCACCUGCGGCCAAUGAGGAGAGUCGACUAACGAAGUCUCGCAAAAGGCAGACUUACGAAAUUACUAUCCAAGCAGUCAACACCGUCUCACUUGCUGACCUUUUGCGAGACGUGUCACAACCGACAUUCAACUACACAUUGAAGCCCGAGACCAUCGACGCCUUGAACACCAUUAUCACACAUGGACCCAGCACUGAGCUCAGCGUUACUACGGCAUCGCGAAACAAGUUUUUUCCUUUCGGUAGCCAUCCUCAAGCGGAGUCCCACGUACUGGGCCAUGGUCUUCAGGCCUACCGUGGAUACUUCACCAGCGUGCGUACGAGCGUUAGCAGAUUACUUGUCAACGUCAACGUUGCGACUGGUGUCUUUUACAAGCCUGGACCCCUUCUCGACAUGAUGAAAGAGGUCUGUGGAGGUCAUAUGCCAUCGAACCCGGCCGACCACAGUCGGGUCGCGACCUUCUUCAGAAUGGUCAAGAUCGAGACGAACUACAUUCCCGACGACAAGAACAAAAACAAGGAGAACAAGGGAACCAAGCGCAAAUUGCGCACCAUAAUCGUGGCACCCUACGGAGAGAACAGCACGAAUGUCACCUUUCCGAAACAAGACGCCAGUGGAAAGGUUACCUAUCCUACGGUUCAGGAGCACUUCCUGAAGACGUACAACAUCAGACUUGUUGCUCCUAAAGCACCCUUGGUCAAUUAUGGAGAGCCAAAGGAUCCAAAGUGGUUGCCCUCUGAGCUCUGCAAGGUCAUACCUGGUCAGUUAGCACGACGUCUCCUUUCCCCGCAACAAACGAGCGCCAUGAUCACAUUUGCUGCCCGUAGACCACAUGAGAACGCCGAGUCGAUCACUGGAAAUGGUCUGGUAUUAGCCAAGAUCGAUCCGGUGGUCGACGGAGAGAACACAAACUUGAGCGCAUUUGGUAUCAAGGUCGACCCGAACAUGAUCACUGUACCUGGCCGGAUUCUGAAUCCUCCAACGUUGCUGUACAAGGGACUGAAGACGAGUACUCCGAAAAAGGGUGCCUGGAACUUGAAGAUUGAGGUCCUGGGCGAAUCGCCGUUCCGUGUGACGAGAAAGUUAGGCGAGUGGAGUACCCUCGUGAUCAAUUCGGGGAGGUUUGACACCAUUCCAGGUGGUAUGAACGGUCUCGAAAUUUAUCUAGCCGCAUUCAGGAAGGCUCUCGUACAGUAUGGUUUGGGUCCCGCCGAGUCCUCAAAACUAUGCAUUGUCAACAUUCCGCCCGGGCUUCUAGAGAACCCACCACAAGUGGACACUAUUCGGUCAACGAUUGAAUCAGCGCUGAUGAAUCAAUUGCCGGGCAAACCAAAAUUCUUGUUGGUCCUGCUGCCCAACCAGAACGCCGUACUAUACGACCUACUAAAGUCUCUAUUCGACUUGAAAUAUGGAAUACCAAGCAUCUGCUGCAUUGGCAGCAAGUUUGCGAAGAAGCAAGACCAAUACUAUGCGAACGUUGCGAUGAAAUUCAAUCAGAAGCUUGGUGGAGUCAAUCACAUUGUUGACAUCAAGAGAAUGGCACCUUUAGACGCACAGACGAUCAUUUUCGGCAUUGAUGUCACACACCCUUCUCCCGGGAGUUCGGAAACUGCUCCGAGUAUCGCUGGCGUGGUGGCUUCGAUUGAUGCGAUGUUCACACAGUAUCCCGCGAGUAUGCGUAGCCAACAAGGUCGCAAAGAGAUGGUCACGGAGCUGGAAGAGAUGAUCAUCGAGCGUCUUCGGUUGUGGCAGAAGCGCAACCGAGGCAAUCUUCCAAAGAAGGUUAUCGUCUACCGGGACGGAGUGGGCGAAAGCCAGUACCAGACUGUGGUCGAAGAUGAAGGUGCCUCUUUCAAGAACGCAUUCGACAAGCUCUAUGGCGCAAAGGUAAAGCACCCCAAGAUCUCCAUCAUCAUGGUCGGAAAGCGUCAUCACACGCGCUUCUACCCAACCAAAGCCGAGGAUACCGAUGGGUCGACAGGUAACCCGAAGCCCGGCACGGUCGUUGAUCGAGGCGUCACCGGCGAGAAGCUGUUUGACUUCUUCCUACUUGCGCACCAGGGACUGCAAGGCACUUCACGACCGGCGCACUACGUGGUGCUCAAGGACGAGAACAAAUUUGGAGCUGACCAGCUUCAAAAUCUGACACACAAUUUGUGCUAUACCUUUGCUCGCGCCACCCGAUCUGUCAGCAUAUGCCCACCAGCAUACUGGGCGGACGUCGUCUGCGAACGAGGUCGCUCGUACCUACAUAGCGUACUCAAAGGCGGCGAAGGGGUCGCGUUACCCGUGAACGCUUGGUCGAGAGAUGUUCACCCUGCCCUUGUAGAGACCAUGUACUACCUUUAG